GUCCGAGACGGAAGCGGGGUAACCGUGAGGGAGAUACUGCGAUGGGGGUCUGGGCAGCGGCCCCGGAUACAAUGCCUGACUGGUAUUGGCCGAUGGAAAAGGUGGAGGUAAAGUCUGGAAUUGCUGCUGCGGAGGAUAUCCCAUGGGAGGGGCUGGAAGGCUGGGCCGCCGUGUUGGUCUGGCCUGUCCUUGCGGCUGCGCCGGAGUCAAUGCUUGUGGCAGCCCCUGCGGAGAUACCUGGUGGUUCUGCGGGAACGAGGACGAAGGCAGAUUACUGGCAGGUUGCAGAGGCGGCGGGGGGCCCGGAGCGGGAUGGUGCUGGACGGCUGUAUACUGAUUGACAGACGUACCAGGUAGUGGAGGAGGGGGAGGUACCUGGCCAUUAAAGGCAGCUGCAGAAAAAGCUGACGCCGAACUUGGACUGUGUGAUCCUGCGCUACUUGAUGGAGGUAUUGGUAGAAGGUCUGGAUCCCAUAUUUUGCGGACUCUCGUUCAGAGGAGGUGGAGGUGGAACAUAGGUAU